ACACUUCUGUCUUCUGUAGACACGUCAGAGAGACAAAUACUUGAGACACACAGCUAAUGUUUGAGAAGAGAAGCUGGAAAUUGGAUAUACUUGAUUAGGAAUUGAACUGAGUAAAAGAACAAAGGACGAAUAUGAAACAUUUCCUUAGUUUCUGCGUCUUUGCCCUAGUUUUGGUGAACUGUUUUUUUUGUACCACAGGUCACGGUAGUGCCACAGCUCCAGGUGACAUUAUUAUUGGGGGACUGUUCCCAAUACAUGAAAGCGUUACUGUUUCCACGAAAGGAGAUGGCAGUGAAACCCGGAUCUGUGACAGGUUCAGCGUUGCUCGGCUGGUCCAGUCUCUGAUUAUGGUGCAGGCGGUGGAGGAGGUAAAUGAGAGGCAAGAGCUAGGGAACCUCACCCUAGGAUAUUCUAUACUUGACUCCUGCUCUGAUGUUACCACUGCCCUGAUGAACAUCCAGAGCUUCAUGAAGAAAAACGAUCCCUCCCCACCUGUGUUGGCUGUCAUCGGUGAUUACUACUCCGAGAUAUCGAUAGCAGUUUCUCGGCAGCUCAACCUGGAGUACAUCCCUCAGAUAAGUUACGGUGCCACUGCUGGUCUCCUGAGUGAUAAAACACGUUUUCCAAGCUUUAUGAGAACAGUACCUGAGGACGAACACCAAGCAAAAGCCAUCAUCAAGAUUCUACAGAAACACCAAUGGACCUGGGUCGGUGUAGUGACAACUGACAGUGACUACGGUCGCUACAUAGUUCAACGCCUACAGCAGCAUGCAGAGGACAGCAACAUCUGCUUUGCCUUCACCUCUAUUCUUCCAGAUGCUCUGGGUGACGAAAGACUCCAUGACCGCAUCACCGCUACAGUCAAAAGCAUUGCAGAGCAUAAAAAUGUCCAAGUCAUCGUGUCCUUCGCCAAACCUUAUCAAAUGAUGUAUCUUUUUAAUAAGCUUGUCAAGGAUCCUCACGGCAAAGGGAAGGUUUGGUUGGCCAGUGAUAUUUGGUCAGAAUCAGCUCAUAUAGUGAAAGGCAUGACUUUAAGUGACGUAGGGACAGUUUUUGGGACAACUCUUAAAUCUGGAGACCCGACCAAGCUUCAGAAAUAUCUUGAAAAUCUUGACGUAAACCCUGAUCGCCACAAGAACAACACAUUCUUGUAUGAGUUUCUGAUGAACAAUGGCAAUUCCACCGCUGCUGAUACCACUAAGGCAUUAAUGAAGAAGAUAUAUCCAUACGCUGUGUUCAGUAUUAAGUUGGCAGUGAGAGCUGUUGCUCAGGCUGUUGCAGACCUCUGUGUCAACAGGGACUGUAAGACCAGCCAGAGAUUAACCCCAUUGGAGCUACGAGGGGCCUUAAGGAACGCAACGUUUCAGCUGAACGAGAGAAGCUAUUCAUUUGACAGCAGGGGAGAUGUCAACUCAGGAUAUGAUGUUAUCCUGUGGAAGGAGAUUUCACCAGAAGAAGUGGAUGUGCACAAAAUUGUAGCUCACUUCAGUAUAGAAGACCAGAAUCUGACUUUCGCCUCGGAGCAAGCAUUUCAAGACAUUUUCAAAAUCACAGGAUCUGUGAUCUCCAGGUGCUCAAACAGCUGUGCUCCAGGCUACAGGAAGCAGUCAGCUGACGGCCAGCCUGUUUGCUGCUAUGAAUGCCAUGCCUGUCCCCAGGACCACUUUUCCAACAUCACCGAUUCCAUCGAGUGUCAUCAGUGUGACACUGAGAGAUAUUACUCCUCCGAGGGAAGUGACAGGUGUAUCAACAAGGAAGCUGUCUUCUUGAGUUGGAAGAAUAAGUAUAAUGCAGUGCUGAUGGCAUUUACCACACUAGGGGCACUGCUUACCAUUAUUGUUGGGAUCAUCUUCCUUGCACGCUGGAAUACCCCUGUUGUGCGUGCAUCUGUGGGCCCCAUCUGCAUCCUCCUCCUACUCUCUCUGUUGAGCACAUUUGUGAGUGUGAUAUUAUUUGGUGGUAAACCUAACAGUUGGCAGUGCCAAGCACGGCAAGUUCUGUUUGGCUUGAGCUUCACUCUGUGUGUCUCCUGCAUCAUGGUCAAGUCGUUUAAGAUCAUCUUGGCCUUUGAGUUCGACCCCAGCGUCAAGAGAGUCCUGAAGAAGCUCUACAAGCCUUACAUCAUUAUUGCAGCAUGCCUGGCAGGUCAAGUGCUGAUCUGUGCCCUGUGGCUUUCAUUCAAGUCUCCAAAGACCGAAUGGGAGUCACUGAAAAACAAACAGGAGCGUCUGCUUCAUUGCAAUGAGGUGUCCUUUCCUGCAUUUGGAGCCAUGCUAAGCUAUAUUGGCGUUUUAGCUUUCAUCUGCUUUGGUGUUGCUUUCAAGAGCAGAAAGCUGCCUGAAAGUUACAACGAUGCAAAGUUCAUUACCUUUUCUAUGCUGAUUUACUUCAUCUGUUGGAUCAUCUUUGGCCCAGUUUAUGCCAAUGUCACAGGCCUUUACCUUCCAACAGUGGAGAUGGUGGUCAUUCUCAUCUCAGCCUAUGGCAUCCUGUUCUGUCAGUUUAUAACAAAGUGUUACAUUAUUCUGUUCAAGCAGGAAGCAAACACUGAAAGGGCUUUCCGCCAGGAGGUUAGGAAUUAUUCCUUGGGUCAAAUCCAAGAUGAGAAUUUUAAUAGGGUCUCAUCUCCGUUUAGCCCUGGAGAGACCCAAAAAACCGCUGAUGUGGAUUCACCAGUGUUGAAUUCACUGUCGUUAGAUCAACUGAUUACCCAGAGCCCAUCCAUGAGCUCUCGUCAGUCAUUAUUCUCUGUUUGUCCAGUCUCGCAGCCACAGCUCAUGAGACAGCAGAGCAUCAACAAUAAGAAGCUAAAGCGAUUUUUAAGCUUGCCUUCAUCACUAACAAAGUGAGACACAGUAGUUAAAAAAUCCACUACAAAUAUUUAUAACUGUAGCACAAAACAUAAUGGUUCAAAUACUACAGCUUCCAAUAAUCUUUAUUUUCAUUAUUAAUUGAUCUGCCGAUUAUUUUAUUUGCUUAUUUCACCAACAGCCCAAAUGCCAAAAUGACUUUAAAGUUUACUGAGGUAUUAAGUAAAGCACCAAGUCCUCAUAGUUAUAUAGGACCUUUUUGUACAGAUUGCAGCAACAAUCACAUAUCUACUCUGUAAGGACUGCAUUGCCAUUCUGAAUUAUUGCUCUGUAUUCUCUGUUUCUCUGUUAUGUUUUUAUAUCUAUUUAAAUAUGUAUGAUGGCUGAGAAUAAAGAAUAUCUUACCGGGGCUUGAGAUCAUUUCACACAAACAUUAGACAGUAAAGAAAAUUGUUAGUUUUGAAAAUAAGCUAGUCUAGUCUAGCAAUCUCAUCUUCCAGUCUCAUAAACUGUGAAGUGAUAACCACACUGUAGUUUCUCUAAAAUUAUUGUUUUCCUUAGUUUCAUAUUGUACCUUGUGAAGAUGGAAAAAGUUACGUCAACCCCUGCUAUAUAUUCAUGUUUCAAAAGUCUCUUGAUUGUUAUCUGGUUUCUGUAAAAAUAAAAUGAAGAUGACUCACGGUGCUGAGGAAUAAAUCAAUCUAAAGGUAAUCUUUUUCUUCCUUGAUAAACAAGUUUUGUUUUUCGAGUUCCUUGAAGGA